AAAUUACUAAGUAUAGACCUAACAUCUACAUGCGUUCUGUUUUCUUUGGCGCACUGACGCGUGGUAGCCUAAUAAUUGACAUGAUGCAUCACAGCAGGAAGUAUUCGCCACCGCGUCACUGUGCCGUCGUGUCGCCGUUAGCGGUGCCUCAGCUCAACAGAUUACCGACCUCGCGGAUAGAAGAAAGCGACCUGAUUGAAAGAUCGGACAUGAAUUCACCAAAAGCCAAAUCCAGAAUGCGCAACGUGAAGAUGAAGGGAGUGAAGGGACCCGCGUCCCCACAGAGACCACGCAUCUCUCCAAACUCUCCGCCAAGCGAUGAGCUACCGAAGGCGGUGGACAACGGAGCUGCCGGACCCCGGUCUAAAAAAAGAGGCUACAAACCUCCUGAUGUAAGGACGAUAUUCGAACCCUCGGCUAAGGAUCCACGGGUUAAAGAGGAGAAAGGGGAGGGACACACGUUUGGUCAGGACGCGGCGCAUGCAUGGUGCGAUGUGUGUUGCGGGUAUAUCUUAGACGGUGGUCUUGCGUGCAAAGACUGUAAGUACACAUGUCAUGCUCGCUGCCAUGACAAGGUGACACUAGACUGUCACCCGAAUGGAUCCCUUAAUGGCAGCUCAUUCAGUCCUGUGAUUCAGGACCACCUUAACAACAACCAGUCAUCACACAGCGAUGUGGAGAAAGAGAAAACUUGCACUCAACUCACACAUGAGGAGAUCAGACAGAAGGUCGAGCAGUACAACGCUGAUUCACGUGAUCACUUCAAAAUGACACUGAAUCCUAAUGGUCUGUACACUGGCUUCAUCAAGGUGCAAUUGGACCUGCGGAGACCCAUCACAGUGAAACGGGGUGGGGCUGGAUGUGCCAAAGAUCAGGAGGCGUUUCACCUUCCACGAGGCUCUAUAAACACUUUGCACAUCAGCAGCACGAACACGGUGCGACAGGUUAUCGAAGCCCUGCUCAACAAAUUCACCCUGGCCGACAACCCCGCCAAAUUUGCCUUGUUCAAGCGCUUCAGCCGGGAAGACCAAGUGUACACCUGUAAGCUCUCAGAGAAAGAGCAUCCUCUCUUUCUGCGCUUGGUGGCGGGGCCAAGUACAGACGUCCUCAGCUUUGUUCUGAAGGAGCAGCAAACCGGUGAAGCCAUGUGGGAGGCCUUUUCCAUUCCUGAGCUGCAAAACUUCCUCCGUUUCCUGGAUAAAGAGGAACAGGACCAGAUCUGUUCGAUAACCAAUCGCUACAACAGUUACAAGGAGAAACUAGAGGAGGCCAUGAGAGCGGCGGGCGGCCCGGGUUAACACAAACAUCACAGGGAGAGAUUUAAACUCCUCCACUGCUUUCUCUGGUGAUGUGUCAUGAACAUUAUUAGGUGUCACAGUGCCAAAUGGACACCCUUUCUCACAAACUUAAACAGGAGAACACUGGACUCCGUCACUGGAUGCUACACACCUCCCAGAAUGCACCUCAGGUGCAAUAAUUACCCUUUCUUAGGUUUUUUCUGUUCUUUAAACCCUUUCAUUUGUGAAUGAAACGUGAAGAUCUGAUCGUGUUUUUUUUUUUAUUUAACUUAAUUGUUGAAUGCCAUGGUUUGUAAAUAUUUUUGUUUCUUAUCUUAAUUUAUAUGGGUGAAGUUUUAUUUUAGUUUUUUAUUUUGCUGAAAGUCUUAUUUUGUUUCAAAUAUGCCUUUUGACCAUAUGUUAAUGGAACAGGUGAUUAUGGAACUUUUUAUUAAAUGUUAAAUACCAAAUGACUCACAAUGUGCCCUACCAAAGAUAGUGUUGGCGUUUGAUGUGCUGUUGACAAAACUAUGAGAAAUGUAGUGCAAGGAUGACGGCCUUAACUUAAGACGAUGUUGCAAUGGGAAGAUAUUGAAUGUUAGAAGGUAAUGUAUGUUGUACGUGAUGGAAAAAUACUGAUGUAGGGGCAGGAAUGGGGAUGUACAAGACAAAGACAAAAGUGUGGCAGUGUAAAGUAGAGUCAGAAACCGAGUUUGCUUAAACAUUAGGUGAUGUGUUGGAAUUGGAACUGAACAGAUUUUAGGAAGUUGAUGAGUGAGUGCUGUUGAUAAAAUGUUGGAAAAUAUGCAGAGGGAACCGGCAUGCGGUCAUAUUGGAGCAAAUGGAAUUAACUUGCUGACCUCUGCUGUUCUGAAGGACUGAAUGAUGUUGGUUAAGCUUCAGUGGUCUAUUUAAGUGAAUGAUUGGUUGUAGUCAUGGGGUCAUGAUGUCAAGCGACCUAUAGGGUUCAAACAGAGAUCAACAAAGUGUUUGUCAUUUAGUAAAGAUUUAGAAAGGGGGUUCACAUGUUCACAACCCUGGAAAAUGCAGGAAGAUUUUAAAUUUUGAAAUGUGCAGAUCAAUAGUCUUGUAAAUGUCUGAAUAUAGAAGUACUGAGGAUGAAAGCGUCUAUUCAUUGUGAUAUGAUCUUCUUCCUUUCCAUAUUCAUGCAUGAAAACGUAUCCUGACCUCCCCUUCUGUGCCAGGAAAAAUGAAAAGUUCUCUGUUCUGCCAAAAGAGGUUUUUAUUUUUUAUUUAAUGUAUUUCUGCAUGACAUGGAUUGCCACCUUUUAAUCACUUUAAAACAAAUGGCCAAUGCUACUUCGUCACAGCACACAAGGUCAACAUUUAUGACUAUUUUAAGUGAUACUUGUGUAUCAGUAGUUGAUUUAAUAUGUAUAUUCAUUUAUAGAUAUUUUUUUGCUAGUGCUGCAUGAUGGUUUUCUGAUGGGCACUGCAACAUUUUGUAGUCUUGCUAUUCCAAUUGACACGUGCAUAGCAAGGUAGUGGCACCUUGUGGUCAACUGCUGUAAUUACAUCUCUGCAGUCCUAUGGCUCAAUUGUGUUAUUAAUCUAGAAGCCACAGACUGCCUCUUUAUAAAUUUUAUUGAAUAUUGGUUUUAUAACCUUUAACCAAAGAUAUAUUUCAAUUGCAUAGUUUGAGUUUAAAGAAAAUUGCCUGGCGCAAUCAGUCAAACCUCAGAAACUGAGGUUUAUUUAGAGUAUAUAUAUGCUUAGGGCAACUUUAAUUAAACACUGGGGUGAAUAUAAAAAAUAUAUAGUGUAACUGUUAUGUGAAAUAUCAUGACAGUUUCAAAAUAUGCAAUCAAAAUGGAAUAAGACCAGCAAUCUUAAAUGCUUUUUGGGCACUUUAUGUUUUAAGUCAGGGAAUCGUUUUGUUUUAAUUUUGUCUUCAUUAGGUCCCUAUGGUGUUCCACAGUUUAAUUAAGAACUAUGGAGGAAUCUAAUGGACACUCGGUCAUGUUUAAUGGAAUCUUUUUUAAUUUUUUUUAAUUAAGCUGUUUUAAUACUUGAUUUUUUUUCAGUUCAACAAGCUUCUGUUUGUAGAGUAAGACUGUGAAACUGUGAUAACUUGUAUUCUUGUGUUGUGAAGGGGUGUGGAUGUGACCGUACUGCUUAAACACUUUUGCAUGUGUUACAUUAAUCCAUGCAUAUUCUCUGUGGCUAUUUUAGGACGUCAUUGGCCAGUGCUGUUGACACGUCUUUCAGACAGCAUAUUUUAGAGAUUGCUCACGAAACCCAUGGUCAGCAUUUGCCAAAAGGAUCGCGUUUUGAUCCAUAGCUGUAGGUUUUGUGCAAAUAUUUUAUUUUUUUUAAUAGCUUUACCGAUGUGGAUCGUUUAAAUCCAGAUGUCGUGUUUGUGACAAUGACGGAUGUUUAUGGAGGUUUUCCGUUGGUCACACAGUUUGUAUUGUUACCAAUUGUUGCCUUUCUUGUAAAAUCUGAUUUUAUGAAAUAAAGAUAAUAAUGUUUCUCAGAA